AUGAGACAAGAUGAUUCUACAGUUUCUAUCUAUAUGCCGAACUAUAGUAAUCUAUCUAUCUAUGUUCAUAUCUAUCGAUCUAUCUCAUUCUGUUCAUACCAUCUAUCUAUCUAUCUAUCUAUCUAUCUAUCUAUCUAUCUAUCUAUCUAUCUAUCUAUUCUAAUUCUGUUCAUAUCUAUCGAUCUAUCUAUCCCAUUCUGUUCAUAUCUAUCUAUCUAUCUAUCUAUCUAUCUAUGUUCAUAUAUAUAUAUCGAUCUAACCUUUUCUAUUCUGUUCAUUUCUAUCUAUCUAUCUAUCUAUCUAUCUAUCUAUCUAUGUAAUUCUGUUCAUAUCUAUCGAUCUAUCUAUCACAUUCUGUUUAUUAUCUAUCUAUCUAUCUAUCUAUCUAUCUAUCUAUCUAUCUAUCUAUCUAUCUAUCUAUCACGUUCUGUUCAUAUCUAUCUAUCUAUCUAUCUAUCUAUCUAUCUAUCUAUCUAUCUAUCUAUCUAUGUAUCUAUCCCAAUCUGUUCAUAUCUAGCUGCCUAUCACAUUCUGUUCAUAUCUAUCUAUCUAUCUAUCUAUCUAUCUAUCUAUCUAUCUAUCUAUCUAUCCAAAUCUGUUCAUAUCUAUCUGUCUAUCACAUUCUAUUCAUAUCUAUCUAUCUAUCUAUCUAUCUAUCUAUCUAUCUAUCUAUCUAUCUCCUCACAUCAUUUGCCUCUUUUUUCUGCUCCUGUCACUUCGUGUUACGAAGACCCAUUUGCCUGUUUCCCAGCAAUUCUGAAUGCACCCAUGUGA